AGCUCCAAUCCAGGUCAUGAACCCAGCUGUGACCUGAAUUCAUUGUUCAUGGGUUCUUCACUCUUAAUCAACUCAAAACACUCUCCAAAUUCAAUCUCCAUAUACUUCCAGCUAUUCUACAGCAAAUCAACCAAAACCGAACACGAUUUCAUAACACAUUCAAAGAAAACACGAUCUAAAUUACAGAAUGCGUUUCAAUCAAAAGAAAGAAGCCAUUUUCCGCGUCUGCUCUGUUUUCUUCUCCCUGCUGCUGCCGAACAUCACUAGCAUUCCAGCGUCCCCAUCUGCAAAAAUUGAGAAGCCGCCGGAUCUGCUCUGCUUCCUUCCCCUUUGCCGCCGGCUGCUACUGGUUUCCCUGUGGCCCCGUGAAAGUCCUGCAAUUUUCCCGCCGGCUCCUCCCUUUACCGCCAGCUCCAGCUUUGCUUGUUGAGCAUUUCUGGUCCUUGUUUGCCCUGUGGUCUUAGCACUUGGAUUAGGCCUUCUGUUCUGCGUGACUAAGGUAGUGAGACCCAACGCGUGGGAAGCCCGGGGGAGUGACGAGCUAGACGGCUAGGCAUUUUUGGAGUUAGUUCUGUAGCUAGGCCGUUAGUCACCCAUGCUGACUUAGGAAUUUUGUGUACAGAACUUAUGUAGUUGUAGUAAGGAUUGUAUAAAUAAAUUAUAACUCCUUGU